UCUGUAUAUGAAGUCUAGGGUUACUUACUGUACUAUCCACACCUUAGGCUAUCUGUGGUCUGAGUGUUAUGUGUAGAACUGCGCCAACACGCAGACACCCACUUACCCUAUAGUUAGCAGGUGUUGGUUUGCCAUAAAAAUAUAACAAAUAACUUUACUGGAAAAUGGCCACCAACCAGGUAUGGAGGUUGAAACGCUAUGGGCGUUUCAUUCCAGGCUCCAGAGAGAAAAGUGCAAAGCCCUGGAAGGUAUUUGAGGCAAAUGGCAGAAAACCAGAGAUUGUCCUCACCAUUGUGGAAUCUGGAUAUUUGCUGGUAUUGCAGGGACAGGAAAGCUUGGAUACAAUCCCACUGCUCGGUGGCUCAGACCUUCUCAAAGUGCACCAGAAAUCUGAUAACCUGAUGUUUCGAUUUACUGUGAAGGGAGAGAGCCGCAUGAUAAGGAUGCAGUUUGAUGGAAGUAGCAGGGCGGAGGCUAUAAAAGAAUGUUCGAGUGCUGUGGAAAAACUGAUGGAGUACCUGCCUGUCACCACUCAGGAUGAUGCCCCACUGCCCCUGAAUCAACCCCCUGCUGAAGCCUCUGCACCAGUGAUACAGGGAAAGGCUGUGGGAAUUGAGCCUGAGGUUGUCCAAGGAUCAUUGUCCAUAAAGCGUCUUGCACAGCACCUCCUGGGAGAGACUGCUGUGACUCUGCCUCAAGUGUAUCGCCACGGUUCUUUGGCACAAGGUGACUUGGAACCCUUCCUUCGUGUUUGUUUGCUGGAUCCCAGCUUUCAUGCAUUUGUGGAGAAUGUGGAGGGGGAGCUGAGGAAACUGCUUCAAGACUGAAGAAUCUUAACAACAGCUGAAGGCAGAGAGGUCAAGUCAGUGCAAUGUGUUUUUUUCUCUUAUACAGUUUGUGUAGGCAGUGCCUGGUGGUGGUGGUGGUGGAGUGUUUCUUGCUGUGCUGCCGAUGUUGUUGGAAAUGUUGUUACAUAUUAGUUGUUAUGGUAUAUUGCCCAAAGAGCUUGUUCUCAAUUGUACUGAAUUUAGUUUGGUUAGAGGAAGAACUUGUAAAAAAAAAAAAAAAAAAGGAUUCAUUUUUAAACUUUUUAUUCAGAAAAAAAAUAUUGGUCUCACUCAUAUGUUUGAUCGUGGCUAUAUACUCUGGUCCCUCUGUUCACAUCUUAAUGCAGGUCCAUUCCCACCGCAACACACAUGGAUACAUUGUAUUGAAAGAGGAGUCAUGCAGCUACAGCAGUGAAUUUUGCUAUGCCAGCUUCCAAGUGAUCCCACAAUAUUAAAGCUUCACUGAGUAAAACAAACUGCCCUCCAUAUAUCUAUUUAAGAAUACAUAUUGCAUAGGAUUAUAGCCAUGCUAUACAGUUAAAGAGAAAAAAAAAUAAAAAAUAAAAA